CCCCGUGGAGCAAACGCGUCCCUUACAAACCCACUCCGCGACGCGAACAGGAUCCAUCGCCAGGUUCCUCGCCAUCUCCAUGGCGGUCGAGAUGGCGCGAUCCACGUCCCAAAAUACCCCUACCCCUGCGAAUCCUCCCCGAUGCCCUGGCCAUUACCCCUUUGGGAACACGCCGUGGAACUCCACGGCGCUCCAGGGCGGAGGGAGCGCAUUUGUAAUGCAAGCAGCGGAGAAGCUGAGUCACUUGUCCGCUCGGCGGCCGAAACGGACGAAACAGCCAGUAAGAAGCGCUGGUUCCGUCUCAAUCGAAGCAUCUCCACCACAUCCCAUAUCUCUUCGUCCGUGUUUCGUCCGCAUCCCAGACACGCUCACAAAGCACCCAGAGCCAGAAAUUACUCGCCCGUCGUACAUGUGCAGAGCCCUUUCUGUCGGGAAUCCAUCUCUCCCCGCGCCUCCGUCGCUGCCAAUGCGCAGCAUCGUCCAUGACUCGGCCGAAGCCACUUGCGGCUCUUGAGUGACGGGAUCCGCCAACCCCAGACUUACAACCAUGAGCGAGCCGGCGUCGAAGCGGCGCAAGGUCCGCAAGGGAACCCGCAGUUGCUGGGAGUGUAAGUCGCCCUUUUCAUAUAUCGGCUCUUUCGCUCAUUGUGUCAGGCCGUCGCCGCA